AUGAAAACGAGGGGAGCUUCGGGACUGAAUAUCUAUCUAUCUAUCUAUCUCAUUCUUUUCAGUAUCUAUCUAUCUAUCUAUCUAUCUAUCUAUCUAUCUAUCUAUCACAUUCUUUUCAGUAUCUAUCUAUCUAUCUAUCUAUCUAUCACAUUCUUUUCAGUAUCUAUCUAUCUAUCUAUCUAUCUAUCUAUCUAUCUAUCACAUUCUUUUCAGCAUCUAUCUAUCUAUCUAUCUAUCACAUUCUUUUCAGUAUCUAUCUAUCUAUCUAAUUCUUUUCAGUAUCUAUCAAUAUGUCUUAGUUUCCUUAAACUGACUGCUACUGUAACUGCUAAGCUGAAGAUCUAUCUAUCUAUCUAUCUAUCUAUCUAUCUAUCUAUCUCAUUCUUUUCAAUAUCUAUCUAUCUAUCACAUUUUUUUCAUAUCUAUCUAUCUAUCUAUCUAUCUAUUUCAGCCAAUUCAAUAUCUAUCUAUCUAUCUAUCUCAGCCGAUUCAAUAUCUAUCUGUCUAUCUAUUUCAGCCGAUUCAAUAUCUAUCUAUCUAUCUAUCUAUCUAUCUAUCUAUCUAUCUAUCUAUCUAUCUAUCUAUCUAUCUAUCUAUCUCAUUCUGCUUCUAUCUAUCUACCUAUUUAUCUAUUUAUUUCAGCCGAUUCAAUAUCUAUCUAUCUAUCUAUGUUUUUCCUAA